AUGGAUAUUGAUCAGUCUGAUACAAAUUUUUUACUUACAAGGUUUUCAGUUCUUAUAAUCAUCUACGCGUUCUCAUUACAAAUUUUACCAAAUUCUAAACUUCCAAUUGCAGUUUUUCUACUUGGGAUGUCAUCUUCAUUAUACAAGACAAAGGCAUUUUCAUGGAUAGUUAAAAAAUUCAUUCAAAAGGAUAUUAACUCUGAUAGACAAGACUUAAUAAAUGCUGUUCAAAGUUUCCAAAUGUAUAAAGACCGUGCUUUAGGUUGGAAUAAAAGAAAAUAUGGGAAUUUGAAAAGAAUUUCUUAUGAUGAUUAUAUUCAAGCUAAAAAAAUUGGUUAUUAUGAUCAUUUAACCAAAACUGAUAAAGCUAUUGAAUCAAAUGCUCAAUUAGCCAAUGCUAUUGCUAAACAAACAAUCCAAAAUUAUGGGAUAACUGAUUUAGAAAUAAGAAGUGCUGUUUAUAAAGAUAAUUCAAGAGUGAUUGAAUCACUUUGUCAUUUUGCAAGAGAUUGGACCUCUAUGGGUGAUGUUGAAUUAAAACCAUUAUUUGAUUAUAUUCUCAACAAUUUAAAUAAAACUAUACCCGGUAAAGAAGAAAGAUCAAAAACUGUUGUUUUGGUUCCAGGUUCAGGUUUAGGUAGAAUUGCACAUGAAUUAUCUUUAUUAACACCAAAAUUUGAUGCUGUUCAUACAAUAGAAUUUUCUUAUUUAAUGCAUUUAUGUAAUGAAUUCGUUUAUUCCAAAACUCAAUCAAGUGAAUCAUACAAGAUUCAUCCAUUCAUACAUACUUAUUCUCAUCAUGUUUCUGAAGAAAAUCAAUUAAGAUCAGUUGAAUUUAAAACCCAACCAACUAAACCCCAAAAUUUAACAACAAACUAUGGUGAUUUUAGAAAAUUCCAAAUUCCAAAUUUAGACAAAUAUGAUAAUGUUGUUAUUGUUACUGCUUUUUUCAUUGAUACUGCACAAAAUUUAUUUGAAUAUUUUGAUAGUAUAGAAAGAUUAAUUGGUGAAAAAAGUGGGACUUGGAUAAAUAUUGGACCAUUAAAAUAUGGUACUGCACCAAAAGUGGAAUUUUCAUUAGAAGAAUUAAGAAAAUUAAGGAAAUUAAGAGGUUGGAAAGAUCUAGAUGAACCAAAACCUUAUGGAUCUGAAAUCUCGGGUUAUUUAACUGAUACUAAAGGUUUAUGGCAAGGUUAUUAUGGAUUAGGUAGAUGGACAUCAUCAUUUACAUCAAAGAAGAAGUAA